UUUUAACUUUUUAAACUUUUUUGUUAAAAACUAAGACACAAACACAGAUUGGCUUAGGCCUACCCAGGGUCAGGAUCAUCUACGUCACUGUCUCAUCUCCACAUCUUCUAGAAUACCUCCUGAAGGGCCUGCCUGAGGCUGCUUUACAGCUAACUUUUUUUUUUUGUAAUAAGUAGAAGGAGCACACUCUAAAAUAAUGAUAAAAAUAGUAUAAUACAUAAGCCAGUAACAUUUAUUAUCAAGUAUUAUGUAUUGUACAUAAUUGUAUAUGCUAUAUAUACUUUUUUUUUGUUUUGAGACGGAGUCUUGCUCUGUCACCCAGGCUGGAGUGCAGUGGCACGAUCAUGGCUCACUGCCUCCGCCUCCCGGGUUCAUGCCAUUCUUCUGCCUCAGCCUCCGGGAGCAGCUGGGACUACAGGCGCCUGCCACCACACCCGACUAAUUUUUCGUAUUUUUAGUAGAGACGGGGUUUCACCGUGUUAGCCAGGAUGGUCUCGAUCUCCUGACCUCGUGAUCCGCCUGCCUCAGCCUCCCAAAGUGCUGGGAUAGGCUUGAGCCACCAUGCCUGGCAGCUAUAUAUACUUUUAUAUGAUAGUGCAGCUGGUUUUUUUACACUGGCAUCACCAUAAACAUGUGAGUCAUGCCUUGUUCUAUGAACUAAAGCUACAUCACUAGGGGAUAGGAAUUUUUCAGCUCCACUGUAAUAUUUUGGGACCACCAUCCUAUAUACCACGUCAUGGACCAAAACAUCGUUAUGCAGCACAUGACUGUAUUUUAAGCAAGAGAGCUCCUUCCCCCUUGGCUCAGCUAUGUAGAAACCCUACUUCAAAGAGACGCAGCGGAGAACACAGGGCUCUUCCUCUACUUCUAGCUCCCAGACAUCUUUAGGUAAGGAGUAGGACCUACCAGCAUUUCUCAUCCUUUCCACAGCAACUUAUUGUUGCUGAGGAUAAGUUCUAGACAAGUGCAACUGAAAGGCAGGCCUCCUUUCUUCUGCCCAACCUCCACGCAUGGGGCAGAGGCUCUACCUUUUGUGCAACACUGCUAAAAAAAUAACUGGGGCCUCAAUCACCUUUGUUCUGGCCUAUAAAGUUGUGAUUCCACACUGGAAGAGGCAAGCCAAAAAGAAGACCUCGGGCUGCUGCUCCCACUUCCCCAAACUGCUCAGCUUCUAAAGCAGGGUUUCAGAAAGAAGCAUACAAUUGUCCCCACUCCCAGCUCUGAGCCCCGACUCCAGAGAUUUUGUGGGAGAGGGGGGAGAAGUAGGCCAUAAAACAGUUAGCUCUUCAUCUUUUCCCAAAACAACUGACUUCUUUACAACAGGGCAUUAAAAAAAAUGUUCAAGCCUAAGGGUACUCUUAAAAACAGUGGAGGUUUCGGUGAAAGAUAAUGGGGAGAUCUGUUAAUUCAAUGAGGAUACAGACUAAAUUGUAGGCUAGUUAUUUUUCAGGAGAGACAACAAAAAAAAACCAGCAGUGUGGAGCCCUCCUGAUGUUAGAACAAAUAUCACAUACUGACCUUGGGAACUAUUCCUUCAAAGGAGCCUGGAUUUGAUUGGAUUAGUCUGUAGAACAAUGUGUGCCCCAAAGCAUUAUUGAAAACAAUUGAGCAAUCAGCUGAAAAUCAAUGGAACUUAACAGCUGGGAGUAUGGUCAGGAAAAGACAAAGAGAACCCUGCCAAAACCACUGUCAUCCCAAGGUGCCUGGGCAUAUCCAAAGCUGCACCUCUCUGAGGAACAAGAUCAGAGGCUUUACAAAGUAUGGGGGAAAACUACACCCAGUCACUAAACAAACAAGUGACAAUAACAAGGUUGGUACCAAGAGUUGCUACAAUAUAUUAUUUAAAACAGCCGAGUCCAACCCUUAGGAUGUGAGGACUUUUUUGCUUAUCUGUGGUGGUGGGUAUCACAAAAAUUAUGCAUGAACUUUUUUUUUUCUUUUAGCUCAUCAGCUAUCGUUAGUGUUAGUGUAUUUUAUGUGUGGCCCAAGACAAUUCUUCCAAUGUGGCCCAGGGAAGCCAAAAGGUUGGAUACCUGUUAUUUUAAAUGUCCAGUUAAUAACAAAACGCACAAAGAAACAGGGAAAAUAUAACCCAUGUGCCAGAAAAAAAGAAGGUUGUAGAACCUGCCUGUAAGAGUGACCGUAUGUUGGAUUUAACAGAAUAUAUGACUUUAAAGUAGUCAUUAUAUAUGUUCAAAGAACUAAACUAUGAUUAAAGAAGUAAAGAAGGGCUUUUCACAAGAUGGCGCCGAAAGCGAAGAAGGAAGCUCCUGCCCCUUCUAAAGCCGAAGCCAAAGCGAAGGCUUUAAAGGCCAAAAAGGCAAUGUUGAAAGGUGUCCACAGCCACAAAAAAAAGAAGAUCCACACGUCACCCACCUUCCGGCGGCCCAAGACACUGCGACUCCGGAGGCAGCCCAAAUAUCCUCGGAAGAGCGCCCCCAGGAGAAACAAACUUGACCACUAUGCUAUCAUCAAGUUUCCGCUGACCACUGAGUCUGCCAUGAAGAAGAUAGAAGACAACAACACACUUGUGUUCAUUGUGGAUGUUAAAGCCAACAAGCACCAGAUUAAACAGGCUGUGAAGAAGCUCUAUGACACCGAUGUGGCCAAGGUCAACACCCUGAUUCGGCCUGAUGGAGAGAAGAAGGCAUAUGUUUGACUGGCUCCUGAUUACAAUGCUUUGGAUGUUGCCAACAAAAUCGGGAUCAUCUAAACUGAGUCUAGCUGGCUAAAUAUAUAUAUAUAUAUCUUUUCACCAUAAAAAAAAAGAAGAAAGGUAUGAUGACAAUGUUACAUCAAACAGAGAAUAUCAUAAAGAGAUAGAAUUUACAAAAAGAAAAAAGGAAUAAAAUGAAAAUCCUGGAGUUGAAAAACAUAAUAGCAAAAUAAACUAAAGGGACCCAUGAGGAGACGAGAACUGGCAUUAGAAAGAAUUGGGGAACUUGAAAAUACAUCAACAGAAAUUAUGCAAUCUGAAGAACAGAAAGAAAAAAGAAUGAAGAAAAAUAAACAGAACUUCAGAGACCUGUAGGACACCAUUAAGUGUACCAACAUACAGCCAGGUGCGGUGGCUCACGCCUGCAAUCCCAGCACUUUGGGAGGCCGAGGCGGGAGGAUCACCUGAGGUCAGGAGUUUGAGACCAGCCUGGCCAGCAUAGCAAAACUCUGUCUCUACUAAAAAUACAAAAAUUAGCCGGGCAUGGUGGCAGGUGCCUGUAGUCCCAACUACUCAAGAGGGUGAGGCAGGAGAAUCACUUGAACCUGAGAGGCACAGGUUGCAGUGAGCCAAGAUCAUGCCACUAUACUCCAGCCUGGGCAACAGAGCAAGACUCUAUCUCAAAAAAAAAAAAAAGUGUACCAACAUAAUGUAUUGAGUAACAUAAACCUAACACAAGAAACUCCAAGAAGGAUAAACUCAACAAGAUCCACAAAUAAACAUCACAGUAAAAAUGAUGAAAGUCAAAGACAAGGAGAAAACCUUGAAAGCACCAAGAGAAAAACAACUAGUUACUUUCAAGGGCUAAGAUAACAAUUGACUUCUUAGCAAAAACAACUGAGGCCAGAAAACAGUGGAAUAACAUAUUCAAAGUGCUCAAAGAAAAAAAAAACUUGUCACCAAAAAUCCUAUAUCCAAUAAAACGAUCUUUCAAAAAUGAAGGCUUGGGAGCUGAGGCAGGUGGACUCAGGAGUUCAAGAUCAGCCUGGGCAACAGUUGAGAACCUGUCUCUACAAAAAAAUACAAAAAUUAGCUAGGUGUGGUGGCAGAUAUUCUGAGGCAAGAAGAUAACUUCUUGGAGGCUGAGGCAAGAAGAUAACUUGAGCUCAGGAGGCAGAGGUUGCA